CACGUGAGUUGAGUAUUUUAUUUAAUGCGAAUUUUGCGUGAAAUCCUUACUUCAUUUCUAAUCUUUUAGAAAUGUCUCUUACUCUGGAAAAGUUGGAAGAAGUACACUCCCAAUUCCUUCAGGAUCUAGAGGUGUACGAGCGCCAGUUGCAGAGAAUCAAUGCAGAAAUAUCAGAAUAUUGCCAGCUGAAGCAGACUAUUGUGGUGAUCGAAAGGGAUUUGAGGGAAGGCUUCAAGGCUCAGGUAAAUGUUGGAGCUAAUGUCUUUAUGCAGGCAAAAGUGAAGGACACAGAGAAAAUCCUUGUAAAUGUUGGGAUGAAUCACUAUGUGGAGUUUUCGCUGGAAGAAGCCCUAAAGUUUGUGGAUUUAAAAAUAAGGAUUCUCACAAAGCACAGUGACGUCAUCCGGGAAGAAGUCAUAAAGACAAAAACAAGGAUUAAACUCGGCCUACUUUGUGUCCAAGGUUAAACAUUCAGCAAAGGAACAUCUUAAUUUAAGAAAAUAUUGUGCGAUUCACCAAGAUUUUAGAGAUAAUAAUACUAAAUAUAAAUUAAAAGUCAUAAUAAAAUUUUGUGUAUUGUUUUGUUUUUUUUUUUUUUACUGCCCAAAAACUCCAAAAGCUCGAACUCACGAGACAGAGCUCACUGUGAAUUAGCUUUUUGCAUAAUCUUUUGGAAUCACUGAUCUACUAGAGAUUAAAUUGAUUCAUAAAUCAAUCACAAAAGCAUUUGAAAAUCAAAAAAUCGGUACUUAACCGAUUCACUACCGAUGAAAACCGAUGCAGCCGGAUUCUAAUUUGCAAUACUUUUCUAAAAAAAUCAAAUCUUAAGCAAAAAGAAAAAUGAGCCUUCCAAAGUAGUUGACCUUUGACCUUCAAUAAUUCAAAAUGGCGAAUUUUCCGGUCAUAAGUAUGUUUGGGCGAAAUGUUCAACUGGACUAGCUCUAAAACAUAUCCGAAAAUCAUUGAAAAAGCUUGGGUCAAUUUUGAGAAAAAUCGAAAAACAUUUUUCUUUGGGAAUAUUACUAAAAAGGAGAUGUAAAAUUAUUCUAAAAUCGGUUAUUAACCGGUUCAUUACAGAUGAAGACCGAUGCAGACGGGUUCGAAAUUACAAUAUCUUUCCAAAAAACCCAAAUUUAACCAAAUCGGUUAUAUAAUCGGUUAACCAAUGGGCCCCCCAAAGUAGUGGACUUUGACCUUCAAUAAUUCAAAAUGGCGAAUUUUUCGGUCAUAGAUAUGUUUGGGCGAAAUGUUCGCCUGGACUAGCUCUAAAACAUAUCCGAAAAUCAUUGAAAAAGCUUGGACCAUUUUUUUUGCAAAAUUCGAAAAGCUUUGUUUUUCGGGAAUGUUAAUAAUAUGGGAUGUAAAAUUAUUCAAAAAUCGGUACUUAACCGGUUCAUUACCGAUUAUGACCGAUGCAGUCGGGUUCAAAAUUUCAAUAUCUUUCCAAAAAAUCCAAAUUUAACCAAAUCGGUCGAAAAACGGAUCCUCCAAAAUGAUUGAACUUUGACCUUCAAUAAUUCAAAAUGGCGAAUUUUCUGGUCAUAGAUAUGUUUGGACGAAAUGUUCGCCAGGACUAGCUCUAAGACAUAUCCAAAAAUCAUUGAAAAAGCUUGGGCCAAUUUUUUGCAAAAUUGGAAAACCUCAUUUUUGACCUAUUUUUGAGGAAUAGGGAACGUAUGAAAGGGGUGGGUGGGGGGGAAAUAAAGAGGUUGGGCACGAGAUAGUGUCAUUUGAGGAAAGGUCACCGAAGACCGGAAGUCGAUAUCUCUUACCGUUUAAGCUCCAGAACAGUGCCAGAAAAGUCGAUUAUAUAACUGCUCUCUCUUUGAGUUCGAACAGUAAAAUUAAUCAUUAUGAAGCUUGGGGUCGUGCAAAGCAUGGGGCAUUUGCCCCUAAGCGGUAAAUUGCGCCAAAGGCUUUUUGAGGUGUAGAAUCUAAGUAAUGAGCACGAGUUCGAGCAAUUCGCAAAGUCUGAGACGCUUUGUCACGCCCUUGGGAAAAAAAGCAUUUGUUAACGAAAAAACUAUCAAAACUUAUUGAUAUCCCUAUAAUUGUGAUUGUUUGAUAUUCACAGCUAUUUUUUUAUAGUAAAUCGUAUAGAUUAUAAAUUAUAGAAUAAUCUCAUAUAAAAAUGGCAUGGAAUAAUAAAAAGCGUAAUAUUUUAA